AGCAUCCUCCGCCGCUCAGUGGCUCCACACCUGACUGUCUCCAUCAGAGGCACAGAUGAUGAUGGAGCUCUACGCACUGCCGGGCUCUUAUCUUGUCGCCACCAUUUCGCACCUCCACUGCCCGGCACAUGUUCACCAAACGCCGUGAUCAUCUGCUUUGAACGCUGUUUUUUCUGAGAGAUUGUCGUCUUACAGCCUGCUCGCUCAGUGGAUGGGGGUGUUCCCGUGUCUAUUUGUAGUGAACGCUCAGUGGUCGGAUCGAGGUGGUCUUUUGUUUUCCUGGAAAACGCGAGCAGGAGUGGACUGAUGCUGCGUCGCUGGUAAACACCAGAAAUGGAUGUCAUUGAACCAAGACUGUCCACCGCGGUUCGUUCUGGGACCAGAUUCUCCCGUUUCUCAUGAUCCCGAUCCAGGUCUACACAUCUACAAGUUGCUCCACUGAGCAGGCUUCAGUCAAGCAAACAAAUGGUCCAAUCAAUAGCCACUGGACAGAGCGUGCCAUAGGGAGGCCAUCAAUAACACGCUAAUACACCUGACACACACACACACACUCUUUUACACACACUCACACACAUAUACACAAGCCACAUGGCACUGGAGAACUCAGACUUUCCUUCCCGCCUGGACUCCCUCUCUCUCCCUGUGGACGAGAAGAGGGAAGGGGAAGAUGUAGAAGUGGCCACAGAAGCCACCGUCUCCACCGGGGUCUUCAACGUAUCAGAGGAGCUGGGCCACGUCGUCACGACGGAGACGGCGCCGUCCCCUCCGCCCCCGGCCAAGGUCAGCAGGUCGUUCCAGGCCAAGCUGGCGGAGCGGGAGGCCAAUGCCAACGCCAACGUGCAGAGGAAGAAGACUCAGGGGCCGGAGGAGAAGAGGGGACGAUUCGGAUGGGCCCGGGCUCGACGUAAGAGGCAGCGCUAUGUGGAGAAGAACGGUCGCUGCAACGUGCAACACGGUAACAUGAGGGAGACUUACCGCUACCUGACCGACAUCUUCACCACGCUGGUGGACCUCAACUGGCGCUGCUCGCUCUUCGUCUUCGUGAUGGCCUACGCUGUCACAUGGCUCUUCUUCGGGGCCAUCUGGUACCUCAUAGCCUACUGCAGGGGCGAUCUGGACCAUCUGGAAGACGAGACGUGGACGCCGUGCGUCAACAAUGUCAACGGCUUCAUCUCGGCUUUCCUCUUCUCCAUAGAAACGGAGACCACAAUUGGCUACGGCCACCGUGUCAUCACGGACCAGUGUCCAGUGGGCACCAUGCUGCUGCUGCUGCAAGCUAUACUGGGAUCGAUGGUCAACGCCUUCAUGGUCGGCUGUAUGUUCGUGAAGAUCUCACAGCCCAACAAACGAGCGGAGACGCUGGUGUUCUCCAAACACGCCGUCAUCUCUCUGAGAGACGACAAGCUGUGUCUGAUGUUCAGGGUGGGCGACCUGCGGAGCUCCCACAUCGUAGGGGCCAACAUGAGGGCCAAGCUCAUCAAGUCCAAACAGACUCAGGAGGGCGAGUUCAUCCCUCUGGACCAGACAGACAUUAGCGUGGGCUUUGAGACAGGUGAUGAUCGCCUCUUCCUGGUCUCGCCGCUGGUGAUCUCCCAUGAGAUUGAUGUGCACUCGCCCUUCUGGGACAUGUCGCAGUCUCAGCUGGAGAAGGAGGACUUUGAGAUCGUGGUCAUCCUGGAGGGAAUGGUGGAGGCGACAGGGAUGACGUGCCAGGCGAGGAGCUCCUAUCUAGCAGAGGAGGUGAUGUGGGGUCACAGGUUCAGCCCGAUGAUGUCACUGGCAGAGGGCUUUUUUGACAUCGACUACGGAGCCUUUCAUCACACAUUCGAGGUGGACACGCCCUCCUGCUCAGCCCGAGAGCUCUCAUUGGCUGCAGCCAGGCUCGACGCUCACCUCUACUGGUCCAUCUCCAGCCGGCUGGAUGAAGAACCCACCCUGACCAACCAGGCGGCCAAGCAGCCGGACAGCGGCUCGGCCAACAGCAAAGUAGGCGAGCCGACCUUCAUCGUCGGGGAGAUGACCGACAUCCAGGAGCAAACGGGACUGGGCGAGCUGAACGGCAGCGUCGCCACCGACCAAUCAGAAUCCGAGGCCUAGGACAGAGAAUGUUUACAAAGACGUUACGUAUAUCUUCACCACAUCGCGGUUAAUGUUUGCAGAGGAGUAGUUUCAUGACGCUCAGUUCGUGUCUGUUUCCACCAAAUGGACUUCUUAAAGUUUUGUCUCAUUUGAUUUCUAUGUUUCUCUUUGUUACAAGUGUUCUGUGUGUGUGAAACCUUUUCAACAUGUUGUGUUGGCUCUUAUCACCCUUGCCUAUAUCUACAUCUUAAUGACAAUACUAUGCUUUAGGUGGGGUAGUACAUCCUGUGGAGGAAGGUGGAGAUCUAACAGAGGGAGGCGAUUUGUCACUUUGGUUGUCUGUGCACAUUGUUGGAUUGUUCACAUUUAGAGAGUGCGUAGACGCUUUAUUUUCACCUACGCAUGAUUACCAUUAGAUUAUAUUAAGGUAGAGACUGAAAAUGAAGACACCUUGAAUUUCUUUAGAUGCAUUGUCCACCAGUCGAUGUUAACAUGGUUGGAAUAUAACACGUGACCAUGUAUCUUCUGCUCAGCUGGAUCUUCACUUAGAAUAAAAAACCAUGUGGUGCUAGAAAAACGAUGUUUGAGGAAUCUGUUCGGCUGUUCAAAACAAAGAAGAAGUGGCCACAAAUCUAGUUUCUUGUUCUGGCUGUAUUUAUGUCAAAGAGUAACUCUUUAAGUCGCUCUUUAAUAACCCAUAUCUGACAUUCAGUGGUGGAUGAAGUAGCCGCUGUAUCUGAAACCUUUAACGUAGAGACAGGUAAACGUUCCAGCGUAUCCGUGGCUUUGUUUCGCCAAGUAGGAAUCAAACAGCACAACAGUGUCCUGCUCAGUUCAGCCCAAACUCUUGCUUCUGCUGCUGCGUGUCUGUGUGACCAUUUUUACUUGAUGUUUUUAUUAUCUAAUAUAGCACAUCUAUUAGAAUUAAUAAACUGCAGUAUAUUCCAGAACAACCA